AUGGACAAACGAGCCCAGAUUUACUCGUCGCGUCCACAUUCCUACUUGGCCGAUGCAUUUGACGAAACAGAGAACAAUCAGACCAGCCUCGUAUACGGAGACAAAUGGCGUUUACAUCGACGUAUCACGCAUACCGUAGUUGGCAGCCAAGCCGUUCGGGGAUACCGAACAUUCCAGGCCAACGAGUCCAAAAUAUUGAUUCGUGAUAUCAUGGAGACCCAGCAGUUCGUCUCGGCUAUUGAGCGAUACGCAUGCUCAGUUGCCGCCAUUAUCGGAUGGGGCCGUCGGGUUCGAUCGAUGGAUGACGAUCUUGCCAAGCUUGCGUUAUCAUUCGUGCAGACAGGAGCUGGCCUUUCCGCACCGGCUCAAUACUUAGUCGAAGCCUAUCCAUGGAUGAGCAAGCUUCCUAAACGGAUCUACCCGUUCCCUUCCAUGAUUUGGGAUGAGGGGCAAAAAUUGCUGCAAUACUUCUAUGCCCUUACCGUCGAAGGGGCCAAACUUGAGCAGGAUAGCUUCUCCAAGCGUCUCAUUCAGGACCAAGAUAAGGACAACAACUUAUCUCCCAAAGAAAUCGCCAGUCUAACAGGUAAUUUGAUCGGAGGUGGCGUAGAUACCACGACGACCACUAUCAUCGUCUUCAUCUUUGCCAUGUGUGCCUUUCCGCGCGUUCAGCAGAAGGCGCAGGAGGAAAUUGAUAGCGUCCUGGCAGGCGAACCCCCCACUUGGGCAGACGAGGACUCUCUUCCAUACUGCAAGGCGCUUCUUACGGAAAUCUUCCGCUGGAGAGCCGCGAUUGCACUUGGAGGUCCCCCUCAUGCACCUGUUCACGACGAUUCCUACAAGGGCAUGUUUAUUCCCAGAGGUACUUCCAUCAUUGGAAACCUUUGGGCCAUCCAUCGCAAUCCACGAGACUAUCCUUACCCCGAUGAGCCAAAUCCUAGCAAAAAGGGCAUCUUCACGUUUGGUUGGGGUCGACGCCUUUGUAGUGGGCAACCCCUUGCUGAACAAGGCAUCUGGUUCACCAUCGUGGGAUUGCUUUGGUCAUUCAGAAUGCGAUCUACCGACGAACAUGGAAACUCGAAGGAGCUGGGUAUUUUUGCAUUUAACGAUAGCCCAGCCCCAAGGCCGUUGCCAUUCACGGUGGAGUUUAAGCCACGAACUAGUACUACCAAGGACAUCAUUCAAGCUGCUGCUUUGAAAGCCGAAGACGAGCUGCGCAAGUACGACGUCAGCAGUAAAGUAGCUAUAGAAAACUUCCAGUAA